AUGGUCGCUCAGCAUCACCACCAUGCCAAAGCGUCAGUCGGCAACGAAACUACGGUAAUCCUGGAACGAAAACGCGCACAGUUGUUGAUCGUAAGGAACCUACAUAUCGAAGCGUUUGAGGAAGAAUUCGAUUCCUUAGAAAAGAAAACGGACUGUCAAAAAACAUCACCACUGUUAAAACUUUAUUACCCAAUAAUCGACUCCGACGGUCUCCUACGCAUUGGUGGACGUCUUAAACGAGCUGACCUUCCGUACGAAGAACGUCAUCCCCUCAUUCUACACGGGAAACACCACGUGACAAGUCUAAUCGUUAAGAACUGCCACGAAGAAGCGAAACACCAGGAUCGUCAUUUCACCCACGGCAUGGUCAGAUCAAAAGGAUUCUGGAUCGUCGGCGGAAAACGCCUCGUCAAUCGAGUUAUCCAUCCGUGCCUAAAAUGUAAGAAAUGAUAGCUGACUUCCCAUCAGAGCGCAUUACUCCAUCACCUCCUUUCACUUACGUCGGACUGGACGUUUUCGGUCCAUGGGAAGUCACAGCUCGUCGCACCAGACGAGGACACGCUUACAGUAAACGAUGGGCAGUAAUCUUUACUUGCCUUUCAACGAGAGCUAUUCAUAUCGAAUUAAUCGAGAGUAUGGACGCUUCUAGUUUCAUAAAUGCACUUCGAAGAUUCAUGGCUAUCAGAGGGCCCGUUCAACAGAUUCGCUCGGACUGCGGAACGAACUUCAAAGGUGCUCAGAACGAACUAGAAUCGGCUCUAAAGGAAACGGAUCAAAAGAUCGUGGAGACGUACUUGAAUUCUCCAGAAUGCGAAUGGAUUUUCAACUCUCCUCACGCUUCGCAUAGAGGAGGCGUGUAG